AUGCGCUCCCUGGCGCCGCCGAACCCCCUGAUGUACAUGGCCCUGGGGAGUUUCACUAGCUUGACCGAGGGCCAGUGCCUCCUUAUGAACGCGACCAAUACGAACGACACGCUGGUGCCCGUGUCGAUGGUGGCCUGGCAUAGCUUUGCUGCGGGACUCGGACUCAGCCGUGGCGGACAGGUUGGUGCCGACCUGGCCCUCGAGCAUGUCGAUGUGGGCGGACUUCUGGACUCGCCAUUCCUAGGCGAAGAUGCCCUGAAUCCCUACCUACAGCGCCACGUAGUAUUCUGUAGUGGACAUGCCUUGGAGGUUGUCGAUGGUGGUGGAGAGGUGGCGGAACUGUGUGAACUGGCUUCCUAG